CGCGGCGGCCGGGCCGGCGACGCGGUGGCUGAGGAGGGAAGAUGGACGCAGCUACUUUAACCUAUGAUACACUCAGAUUUGCUGAGUUUGAAGAUUUCCCUGAGACCACUGAGCCUGUUUGGAUCCUGGGUAGAAAAUACACUAUUUUCACAGAAAAAGAAGAUAUCUUAUCAGAUGUGACUUCUCGGCUUUGGUUCACAUACAGGAAAAAUUUUCCAGCCAUUGGAGGAACAGGCCCCACCUCUGACACAGGCUGGGGCUGCAUGUUACGGUGUGGACAGAUGAUAUUCGCCCAAGCCUUGCUCUGCAGGCAUUUAGGCAGAGAUUGGAGAUGGAAACCAGGAAGGAGACAGACAGACAACUAUUUCAACGUUCUCAAUGCCUUCAUUGACAAGAAGGACAGCUACUACUCCAUCCACCAGAUAGCUCAAAUGGGUGUUGGAGAAGGAAAAUCGAUAGGCCAGUGGUAUGGACCAAACACAGUUGCCCAAGUACUCAAGAAACUUGCUACUUUUGAUACAUGGAGUUCAUUGGCAGUUCAUAUAGCUAUGGACAACACAGUAGUGAUGGAAGAAAUUAGAAGGUUAUGCAAGCCCAACUUCCCUGCAGGUGCCUCGGCAUUUCCUACAGAGUCAGAAUUCAUGUUGAAUGGGUUCCCUUCAGGAGCUGAGGUCACUAACAGACCGACACAGUGGAAACCGUUGGUCCUGCUGAUACCUCUCCGCCUGGGGCUCACAGAGAUCAAUGAAGCUUACAUCGAAACAUUGAAGCACUGUUUUAUGAUGCCCCAGUCCCUGGGAGUGAUUGGCGGGAAACCCAACAGUGCUCACUACUUCAUUGGAUAUGUCGGUGGGGAGCUGAUUUAUCUGGACCCCCACACUACCCAACCUGCAGUGGAGAUCAGUGGCAGCUGUUUCAUUCCUGACGAGAGUUUCCACUGCCAGCACCCGCCCUGCCGAAUGAAUAUUGUGGAGCUUGACCCAUCCAUCGCAGUGGGUUUUUUCUGCAAAACUGAAGAAGACUUCAAUGACUGGUGCCAGCAAAUCAAGAAGCUGUCUCUGAUCCGAGGAGCCCUGCCGAUGUUCGAGUUGGUGGAGCGUCAACCCUCCCACUUCACCUGCCCCGAUGUUCUCAACCUCUCAUUAGACUCUUCAGAUGCUGAGCGACUGGAAAGGUUCUUUGACUCAGAAGAUGAAGACUUUGAAAUUUUGACCCUUUGAAAAGACUCGAGCAGCUAACCGGACACAUCCUUGUUACGUGUGAGGGAGGAAGGGGGGAGGGAAGCUCCUUGGAGAGCCUGGGGCUACCGGUUUUCAUAGGCUCCCGAUGGCAUCACCGCGUUUCAUCCAUCCCAGCAUGUUUGUGUGCGGCCUCAGGGCGGAGGGGGCAUUGUCCGCCUUCUGCACUUGGAUCGAGAAAGAUGUCAUCCUUGGAAGCCUUAAUGCUUGGCGUCGGGAUUCCUCGGCACAAAACACUUUUUCAGGAAACGGAUGCGUGGGUGCCUCUGUGAAGAAAGGUCUUGUGCUGGAGCAGCAAAUAGCUCACGCGAGUGUAGUCUGGAGCUCUGAGAGCAGAAGUCUUUACGCAGCACUGGAGAAUUCUCCUCUCGACACUGCCAGCCCCUCUUUAGAAAACACGAAUCUCAUGUCCCCUUUAUUCUUUGGCCUCCUUGGUUAUGGCUUGCUUUGGAAUUUCACUGUCACUUCAGUGGAGAGAAAUGAAAGAUUGUGCUGGGGCGGUCCAAGCUGAAGUUGAUAAAGACAGGCAGAGCCUGCCGAAUCAGAAGUCAAACAAGUCAUGCCGUAAUAUGCCACAUUCUGAUGCUGCGCUUUAUUAUUAUUUUUAUUUAAACGAGCCCAGCUCCUAUCAGAAAGGACUACUUCUGCUAUGGAAAUGGGGUUUAACGAUUUAAAAUAUAGGUUCCUUCUUCCUAAAAAAAAACCCCACCGAUUGCAAAACCUAACCACAAUCCUGGCUGUUUAAAGAAGGGUGAAGAUGGCUUAUUUUUUCAGUAAAAGAGGAAAGCCAGUGGGAUAUGCCACGCCACAGUAAAAUGGCAAAAAAAUACAAAUGCUGAUUGCUGCUAUUCCAAAGAAGUCUGGACACUUGAGCGAGUAGGGCGUGUGUCUGUUUGUAAAGUAUUCUGUACUGAUUGGGCCGCACCCCAUGAUGAUUGUUGCCCUCCAGCCAUUUUUUUGUUUUUAUUCCAUAAGGGUAGGACAGAGCCUGCAAGGAAAAGGAGUUUCCGCCAAAGAAGGAAUGGUUGGCACCCAUUGGAACAUGCAGGAGUGCGAGCAGGAAAUCCAAUUUAGGGGAGUGCAACCCCGUGAUACUGACUCGCUAGUGAGCCUCUGUGCCCACAGUACCAAGCCGUUGGAAAGAGGAGGUAACUCAUGACCCAUGUCCACUGUUCUUAGGUAGGUUUCCUACCAUAUUUAAAGGUCAAGUAAGAGACCUUGAGUAAGGGAGCCGAAUAGCUGGUUCUCUUCAUCCUGCUGCUUUACCCCGCAAAAAUAAGCGUUGAAAAGACGAGGCAAAUCGCUCCAUAUUGAUAGUCCCCUAGUAACUCAAAUUACCGGUUGGCUAUCACCCAAGCCAAGUCAGUGACGUGGCUUCAGCUGGUUUUCUUUCUCCACUGUGAUAACCGGCACUUCCAAAUUCCACUCGGGAUGCAGCUGCAAGCCAUUUUAAACCCACAAUUUUCUGGGUCUCGGCCUCCCGCUUCCACCUGCAUUCCCGUGUAAACCCGCCACUUUACUGCUCUGGUCACCCCGUUAGGAAAUGUAAAUAGGCGAACGGCACCGUGCGUUACUCUCGCACUUAGGGGAAGUAGUUAAGAAGUGUUGCCCCUCUUUUGAGGGGACGUGUUUACAACGCUGUUCAUCUGUAAAAAAAAAUUAAUCGCAGUAUUUGCAGAAAUACCAAAAUGCCGUUAUCUUUUUGGCUGCUACGCUUAAAGGGUGGAGGAGGUAGGGAAAUGAUUCACGUUCAUUUCUAUAGCUGCAAAGGUUCCCCGCCCCUCGCCGUGAAUCCAGUUCUGCAGCUGGCGAUCGGCGGAGGAGACCCAACCCGCUCAGCACCAAAUUCAACCGUACCAUUUUCUCUCCCCCAUUUUCUCCCGCCCAUCUUCCCGGGCUGGUGGUGGGAGAGGAGAAAGGAGAACGGGGAAGCUAUCCGUUCAUUUAGUGCUUUUCACUUUUAACUCAAUAAAUUCUAAGCUUCUCCAAGCCCUUGGGUUUCUGAAGCUCUACUCUGAACACAGACUGUGAGUGAUGAACCCUUCGGGAGGAUGUGUUGUCAGUUGAAGUCCACCUUGGAUCCCAAACCGUAAACGCUUACGAGUACAAGGGGCUUGUAAUAUUUUAAGUAUGUUUUAGGCGGGGUGGGGUGGGGGGGUUAUGAAAACGUGAGGAGAAACGGUGAUGUAUUCAUUCCUUGUAAUCUGCUGUGCAAUUCUCAGAUCCAAGUACAUUUUACAGUUAGUAUCUUGGGUUCAAGAGAAGUCAAGAUGCAGAAGUUAUUUUUAAAGCUGUGGCUUCAAAUGAAUGAUAAAUUUUUUUAAAAAACGAAGAUCAUGACAAAUGAGUGCUGAUAUAGAGGAAUUCAUAGCUAACAAAAGAAAACGCCGUCUCCCAUCAUGUGCACGCUGUUUUAUUUCCAAUUUAGGGCUAGGCUUCUGUGGUCCUUCAAAGGCUGAUCUGUUGAAGAGAGGCUUUGUCCUAAAGGAAAAAGGUGAAAUUAGGAAAGGGCAGGGAAUCUGAACACUACAGAUGGUGGGCUUGUCCUUCAGCAGCAGGAUUAUUCAAAUGCACUGACAGUUAUCUGAAUUAAAAAUGGAAAGGUUUGCUAUGGAAAGCCGCAAAUGGUGUGUUCUUCAAAGUCCUUUAAAAAGUUGAAUUUAUGCUUUGGAGUUUGGGGCCUGUUUCCACUUCUAUUUGUAAAUCUCAGGGGACUCCUGCAUUAUAUACCCUUGCUGUUCAUUCCUCAAGAGUGCAUUAUACCGCGAUAGAUUAUCCUUUGUCUAGGCCCUAGUUGUGAGCAAGAAACUGUAUAUAGGCAGUGUGACAUUAUGUAGCCAAUUAUCUGGUUUAAGUCCCAAAUAUCACAAAAGCAGUUUUAUGCUAAAUUUCCACUCCCCUCCCCAUCACUUUUUUUCUCAUCAAAUCUGUUAACUGAACUAACUGGUUUCUGUUUCGUCUUCUGUUUCUCUGCCCCCACCUCUAUUUGGGGUGAUAAUGAUAUAUGAAAUGAAAAAAUCAGGGGAAAAAUAGGAAUUUAUGGGCCUGGCAAAACCAUAAAUUGAAUAAACAAUCCCUAAAUGUAGGAAUGAAGUUUGUUUGAGAAGUCCAGAUAUGUGGGGAAGGGCUGUUGUCAAAAACCUAAGGGUAGAAUCUGGGUUUUUUUACACAGAAAUUAUGGUUGCCGUGCUUAUCUACAGACCUUUACAUCUGUGAAUUAUCACACAAAUAUGUGUGGUGCUUAGGUCGCAGGUUCCUCUAAAUAGGAUUUGAACUCCGUGGAUCGACUUCCGAGUUUCAGUUUUUUGAUCGUGUGGUUUGUCUUCCCCCAAUCAAAAGCCUGAAAAAAAAAAAAAGCUACUGGGGAGAAAGGAAUAGUCAUAUAUUAAGUGUGUUCAUUUUAUUGCCCUUCAUAUUUGAAAAUGACCCUGAAUCCAUGGCAACUUGUGUGUAUGACUGCAACAACAAAACCACUCAUAAAUGCUUCAAUACACUGAGUUCAUAUGUAA